CUUACUUCCGUUUUCAUUUUCUGAAAAUAUUCUUUUCCACUUUCAGUUUGGCAGCAGGUUUUCCAACUUGCACUGUUUGCUGUCAAGACAAAAAUGGUUUCCUGUAAUAUAAUAUUGGCCGAAAACAUUAUAGAUCUGAGUGUAUCCUGAACUGAUAAAUGAAGUUUAAGGCCACUGAUGAUAUGUGUGAUGGUGGAAUUUAUCAAUCUUCUAAAGAAAGUAAUACAAUGAUUGAAUUAUUGUCAUCACCUAAGUCAACAGUAGGAUGUAUGGUAACUGGAUUAAUUGUCUUUUAUAUAUUAUCUCAGUUUACUGGAGCCCUGUUUAUAGUAUGCACCUUACUGUUAGGGAUUGUUUUAUUCUGUUUGUCAAAAAUAACAGGGCAAUCGGGCAGUACAAGAAGAGAAACAGACAGGGAAUUUGAAAAAGUGAUAACACGUCUGAGGAAAGAAAAUGACAAAUAUCGACAAGAAAGGGACAACACUCUGCAGAGAUUAUCUCCCAUGACUUCAUUGAAACAUGAAAAGGAAAACCUCCAAUCACAAAUAGAAAGACAAACUCGUACAACUGAUAAUUUACUAGAUGAGAUAGCACAGCUAAAAAUAGAACAAAAAAUACAUCAGAGAGAAAAACUACAGUAUGCAGAUGAGUUAUAUGCAGAAAAAGACAAUAGCAGAAGGAAAUGUUUGCAGAUUGAGAGAAAAUGGCAGGAAAGUAUCGACAGGAGUAAUAAAGAUAUAGAAAACGUCAAAACAGCUCUGUUUCAACAAGAAUUGGAAAGUCAAAUGUAUAGAGAUCAAUGCACUGGUCUGACAGAAAGGUUAAAGACAGCUAUGACGGAAGGGCACUCUAUAGAAACUCAGUUACAAACAGCUAGGAUAGAGAUUCAGAAAGAACGGGGAGCACUUGAAGCGUAUAAAAAGUCCUCAAAGGAAACAUUUGACUCAAUGGAAACAGAAAUAAACAAAAACAAAGAGUUGAUGAAAAAAUAUGGAGAAUUUGUAAAUAAACAUAAAGACUCAGAUAGAAUUCUUCAAACAUCCUUUGCAGAAUUAGAAAAAAUUAAGAAUGAGAAUAAUUCAUUGAAGUUAGAGAACAGUAAUCUUAAUAAAAGAGUCAUAGAUUUGGGCAAGGAAUCCGAGGUUCCACAGUGUAGUAUUUGUAUGGAAAGAGAACGUAAUGCUUAUAUGGACCCAUGUGGUCACACACUAUGUAUGGUGUGUGCUACUGAAGUUAUGUGUCGCAACAGAAAAUGUCCAGUGUGUCGAAAAUACAUAUCUAAAACCGGAGAACUUUAUUUCAAUUGAUUAAGGAGAAAAGGGCCAAAUAUAACUUAUCCAAGCCUUCUCCUGGUGUGUAUUUUCUUCAUUCUUCGUGUGAUAAUAUCAGGAUGUCCAAAGAUUGAAUGCACAAAGUAUGAAUGUGUGAAGAUGACAUCAAUUUGAAAGAAGAUAGAAACUAACACUUAUAGUAUAUAUGUAUUUGGAUAUCAAAGUUAUUCCAAAGCGGGAUUUCCAGAUCUGACAUAUUUAAUUUAUCUUCAAGACAAGUUUGAUAUGUUUUAUACUGUACAUGUAUGUCUAGAAUAUAACUGAUCCAGUUGAAAUAGGAAAGAAAUAAGCAUUUAUUGUCGUUAUCUGUUCGAACAUCAGUCAUUCAGAAUGUUUUGUUGCUGCUCUUAAAGAUGUUUUACUAGGCCAAAAUUGCAAUAGAAAUCUGAUGGUUUCUUACCAGACCAAAUAUGCAAAAGAAAUCUGGUGGUUUCUUUCCAGACCAAAAUGCAGUAGAAAUCUAAUGGUUUCUUACCAGGCUAAAUUGCUGUAGAAAUCUAAUGGUUUCUUACCAGGCUAAAUUGCAGUAGAUAUCUGAUGGUUUCUAAACAGGCCAAAUUGAAGAAGAAAUCUGGUGGUUUCUUACCAGACCAAGAUGCAGUAGAAAUCUGAUGGUUUCUCACCAGGCCAAAAUGCAGUAGAAAUCUGUUAUCUUUUGAGUCACUGCUAUCAGCAAAAUUUUUAGAAACAAAAAAAAAUGCAGUGCUCAGUAUAAAAGGUAAAUAGUUACUGUGGAUACAUUAUAAUUCUUGGGGUACUAAUUUUCAAGCAUUUUCUUUGAAAAUGUUAACCUUGAAAUUAACUGUUCAAUGAAAUAAAAAAUUUUUUUUAGACUUGUUUGAAAAAUUAGUUAAAAGUACCAAAUAAAAUAUCCAAGAAAAUGCGAGUUUUUUCUCAAGCAACAAAAUUUAGUUCCCACGAAAAAUAGAUGGAUCCCCAGUAUUUGUGGAAAGGUGUACAAUGAGGAAUUCCUAAUUCCAAAUGUUCAAUAAGGCCAAACAAAAAAUAUAUGUCUCUUUUAGGGUUAUAUCAUCUAAAAAAAUAGGGUAGGUAGAUCGGUAUCUUCAUUUUAUUUUUUUUUCAGUUUUAUUUUUUGCAACAUGAUUUUGAGUAAUGUGGUCUGUUUUUCAUGGUCCAAGUUGACCAUGGGCUUAAUUAAUCCGUAUUUUAAAUGAUUGGUUUUGUUGGAAAUAAAAUGGCGG